UAUUACUGUGAAGCAGCAUUGAAACAAUCAAUGCUGAUAUCUGUCUGGCAUUCUCGUAAGGAUGGAGUUUAUUAAAGAUGAGAGUGAUGCAGAAGCAUGCCGAGUGAAAGAUGAAGAUACUGAAGAACAAAUAGACCCGGUGCAAGUGAAAGAAGAAAGUCAAGUGAAUGACACAGAGGAGACAUAUCUGUAUCAAGAAGCUCAUAGUUUCAGAAGUGGAGGAAAAUCUUUUAGUUGUUCAGAAUUGAAACAGAAUCUCUCACAAGAAACGAAGCGGAGAACAGAAGCCAACAGUUGUUUCACCUGCCCUGAGUGUGGAAAGAGUUUCACACAUAAAGGACACUUCAAUGAACACGUCAAAAUUCACUCCGGAGUGAAGCCCUUCACCUGCCCUCAUUGUGAAAAGAGUUUCACGUGUAAAGGACACCUUAAAAGGCACGUACGGAUUCACACCGGAGAGAGGCCGUACACGUGCAGUCAGUGUGGAAAGAGUUUCAAAUGUGCGACGAACCUCAAAGAUCAUCAGCGCUCGCACUCUGGAGAAAGGGCGUUUAAGUGUGAUCAGUGUGGUAAAAAAUUUAUUUUGGCAUCAAGCCUAAAGGCCCACAUAAAAAUUCAUACAAAUGAGAAGCCGUACGUGUGUGCUGUGUGUGGAAAGGGCUUUUUGCGCUUGGGCUGUUUUAAUGAUCAUCAGAAAAUCCACACUGGCGAGAGAGCUCAUAUAUGUUUUGAGUGUGGGGACACGUUUACUAGAUCCAGUGCAUUGAAACAGCACCAAAAAAUCCACACUGGAGAAAAACCUUACAAGUGCUCGUAUUGCGGAAAGGGUUUCACCCAUUCUGGAGCCCUGAAAAGACACGAGCGAGUGCACACCGGAGAGAGGCCGUAUCACUGCACUGCGUGUGGGAGGACUUUCACCCAAUCCAGUGAUCUACAGAAUCAUAUAAGAAAGCCUUGUCCAAUGUUGUCACACAGUGAGCAAAGUUCAUCUUCAGUUGCAGUUUAAACAGUGAGAAGUUGCAGUUGUGCUGAAUGAGCUGUCCUUCUGUGUAACAACUUGUUUGUACUUGCUUUACAAAACAAACUUUUCCUUUAGAAAAGCAAGGGUGUGCUGUCGCUGUCAAAUGCCACAAGUUUGAAGGAACUAUUUUCUUCUCUGAUGGGAGUAGAAAUACAACUAAUUGGAUUGUUAAUGCACCACUAUUCUUUUCCUUUCAUUUGUCGUAGUUAUUCAAUCGGUCUGGCUGAAAAUAUUUCAAGACAUAAAGUCAGUUUGGUCAUUUCGUUUUUUUAA